CCAAGCGCGCUGAUCCUGAGUCAGUGCGCCGCAGCGGCGUCUCUCCCGCACAUCCGGGUGUCGCCUCCUCAGCGCAGACGCGUCGCGGUGAUUGCAGCGCUCUGCGUUUCCGCGUUAGCAGCGGGGGGAACGGAGCACAGCGAGAGUGGCCAAAUCUAACUGGAUUACGCUGCCCGUGCCGCGAUUAAAAUGAAAAAGAAGUGACAUUCGAGCCGGCGGCCGUGUUUAGGGAACGAGCGUGGGAUUAUGACACGAGACGGGAUGACAACACAUGAUGACUGACAUGUGAGACAUCAGGACAAAUACAACAGUGCGCUUGUGUGGCUGACUCCGCCACCGUCUGUUUAUGCUCGCUCUGUGGAUGCACAUUUUGCAAUCGUAUCGCAUUCGCUGGGAGGCAAUAUGAAGAAGUUUAAUAUCAGGAAGGUGUUGGACGGCUUGACUGCGGCGUCCUCUUCCUCCUCCGCCGCGUCCGCUCAGUCGGGAAACCGGGAGAAUGACAUGAUUCAGGAGACCCUGCAGUCAGAGCAUUUCCAGCUCUGCAAGACAGUGCGACAUGGCUUUCCCUAUCAACCCUCCUCCAUGGCUUUUGACCCUGUGCAGAAAAUUCUGGCUAUUGGCACACAAAGUGGAGCCCUGAGAUUAUUCGGCCGAGCAGGAGUGGAGUGUUACUGCCAGCAUGAGAGCGGAUCGGCCGUCAUCCAGUUGGAGUUUCUUGUCAAUGAAGGGGCACUGGUUAGUGCUUUGGCAGAUGACAGUAUUCAUUUGUGGAAUCUGAGGCAAAAACUUCCAGCCAUCCUUCAUUCUCUUAAAUUUAAUCGGGAGAGGAUCACGUUUUGCCAUUUGCCAUUUCAGAGUAAAUGGCUGUACGUGGGCACGGAAAGAGGGAACAUUCACAUUGUCAAUGUGGAGUCCUUCACCCUCUCAGGCUAUGUCAUCAUGUGGAACAAAGCCAUCGAACUUUCCUCAAAGACUCACCCUGGACCUGUAGUUCAUAUCAGCGAUAACCCUAUGGAUGAAGGAAAACUUUUAAUUGGUUUUGAGUGUGGCAUAGUUGUGCUGUGGGACUUGAAAUCGAAGAAGGCUGAUUAUCGGUACAACUAUGACGAGGCGAUCCACUCUGUGGCUUGGCAUCACGAGGGGAAACAGUUUGUGUGCAGUCACUCAGAUGGCACGCUUACCACAUGGAAUGUACGCGCUCCUGCCAAGCCUGCCCAGACCAUUACGCCACAUGGUAAACAGCCCAAGGAUGGAAAGAAGCCGGAGCCUUGCAAACCCAUCUUGAAAGUGGAGUACAAAACUACUAGGGCAGGGGACCCAUUCAUGAUACUGUGUGGAGGUUUGUCAUAUGAUACAGUGGGUAGGCGAGCCUGUCUGACUGUGAUGCAUGGGAAAAGCACUGCAGUGCUGGAGAUGGACUACCCCAUAGUGGAUUUCCUUACGCUGUGUGAAACCCCAUAUCCAAACGAUUUCCAGGAGCCUUAUGCGGUUGUUGUCCUGCUGGAGAAGGAUUUGGUUGUCAUUGACCUUGCACAGAUUGGGUAUCCGAUCUUUGAGAAUCCAUAUCCUCUGUCCAUCCACGAGUCUCCAGUAACCUGCUGCGAAUAUUUUGCGGACUGUCCAGCUGAAGUCAUUCCUGCACUUUACUCAGUGGGCUCCAGACAGAAGAGACAAGGGUUCAGUAAAAAGGAAUGGCCCAUAAGUGGAGGUAACUGGGGCCAGGGAACACUAAGUUUCUCAGAGAUUAUCAUCACUGGGCAUGCUGAUGGAUCGAUCAAGUUUUGGGAUGCCUCAGCAUUAAUGCUGCAGGUUUUGUAUAAGCUGAAAACAGCGAAAGUGUUUGAGAAGCCCCACGGUAAAGAGGAGAAAUCCAGCACUGAAAUUGUGGAUGAAGAUCCGUUUGCCAUCCAGAUUCUGUCCUGGUGUCCAGAGAGCCGUGUUCUCUGUGUGGCUGGAGUCUCGGCUCAUGUCAUAGUCUACAGGUUCAGCAAACAGGAAGUCACCACUGAAGUGGUUCAGCUCCUGGAGGUGCGUAUGCAGUGUGAGCUGAAUGAAGUGGAGUCUCCCGAGUGCGGAGGCGAGCAGGUGUCAGCUGUUUCCACCCCAGGAACCUCAUCCAGCCCUCAGACCAGCCUGCCUCAGUCCCACCCCUCCACCAGCAGCAACAACUCGUCUGACGGCCUGCGAGAUAAUGUGCCCUGUCUCAAGGUCAGGAGUUCUCCUCUCAAACAGUCUCCAGGUUACCAGGUGGAGCUGCUCAUUCAGCUGGUGUGGGUCAGCGGGGAGCCACCACAACAGAUCACCAGCCUGGCCGUCAACUCUGCAUAUGGCCUAGUUGCUUUUGGCAAUGGUAAUGGACUUGCCGUGGUUGAUUACCUUCAGAAAACUCUGCUUCUGAACAUGAGCACAGCUGAACUGUAUGGCUCAACAGAUCCUCACCACAGACAACCGCGCUCGCCCCGCAAAACCAGACAGCCCUCAGCAGGUCUUUGUGAUGGUAAUGAUGCAUCGGCCGCACCAGAGGAGAAAUGCAAAUCACCAACUUCAGGCUCCGGUUCACCUUGCAAUUCUGAUGAAGACAGCAAACAAAAGUUCAUUGACAGGGUGAAGUCCAAAAGCAAGCGGAUAUCCAAGACUGUUGCCAGUGACUUUGCUAAGAUAUCCCGGAAAAUUAGCAUGAUUGCUGAUCAGAAAGAUGACGCCAGGGACAACUCAUUCAGCCGCUCACGCAGCUCCAGUGUGACCAGCAUUGACAGAGAGUCACGUGAGGUCAUUUCUUCCUUCUACUUUUGUGACUCCCUGUCCAAGAAGAGUGAGACUGUGGCAGUGCCCAGCCUGUGGGUGGGCACCUCAUUGGGCAGCAUGCUGGCCAUCGCCCUCACUGUGCCCUCCACACCAGAGCAGAGGAUGCAACAGCCUGUGGGCGUCUCUUUCUGUGGUCCAGUAGUGCGCUUGAAGGGAGGUAUUUUACGCAUGGCCCAGCUGGAUGCCAGCGGGACCCUUCUGCCCCAUGUUUAUGAGUCCUGGUAUGAGCCCAACGCCCCUGAGGAGGAGAGAGAACGACCACGGAGACGCCGGCCCACCACGCCUCCUUCUUCUCAGGAGAACCCGGACUGCCAGUACGCUGUGGUCUGCUCAGAGAAACAGGCUAAGGUGGUGGCAAUGCCCUCCCAAAACUGUGUCUAUGAACACAACAUCACAGAGACCUCCUUCGUACUUAGAGCAGAUGUGGUGACAAUGACUGCAGGGGUCGGCAUCGCCUGCUUCUGUGCCAAUGGCCAUAUCAUGACCCUCAGUUUGCCCAGCCUGCGGCCACUGCUAGAUGUGAACUACCUUCCCCUGACAGACAUGAGGAUAGCUAGAACCUUCUGUUUCUCAAACCAAGGCCAAGCCCUGUACCUCACAUCGCCCACUGAGAUCCAAAGAAUCACUUAUAACCAGGAAACCUGUGAUAACCUGCAGGAGAUGCUUGGAGAGCUUUUUACUCCAGUGGAUACACCAGAGGCUCCAAACCGCGGCUUCUUCAAGGGCUUAUUUGGAGGCGGGGCUCAGUCCUUAGACAGAGAGGAUCUGUUUGGAGAGGAGACUGCUGGUAAAGCUUCACGCAGCCUGGCGCAGCACAUCCCAGGUCCAGGUGGUAUGGAGGGCAUGAAGGGGGCCGCAUCCGGUGUGGUGGGAGAGUUGGCACGGGCGAGGAUAGCUCUGGACGAGAGAGGACAGAAACUAGGCGAGCUGGAGGAGAGGACAGCAGCCAUGAUGUCCAGCGCUGACUCCUUCUCUAAACAUGCGCAUGAUAUGAUGCUGAAAUACAAGGACAAGAAAUGGUACCAGCUCUGAGGUCCCUGCAGGGAGUCAGCACACCUUCCUAUGAAGACAGCAGAUCCAUCAUCUCUCCUCCGUUUCUUCCUUCUCUUCCUGUAUCUUUCUCUCUCUGUGAUGUCCGGAGACUGCCACUAGCGCUCAGCACAACGUCACGCAGCAUUACCUCGAGCUGAGGAGCUGCGGAAAGACAGAGGAGACAGGAGGGGAAGGAACGGGACAGGCGAAACGCAUCAGGAUGGGAUUUCCUCCCCUUCUCGGUGGCAGUUGAGCUUCCUCUCCUGAAAACAAAGCCGUGGAUCUUGUUUUGGGAGAGGGGGCUCUUCACUGGUGCUGCCCCUGUCUUAUACUUUCAUCCGCCACGCUGUCAUUUUCACUGCCAUUCUGUCUGCAAAGAAACUACGGAAAGGACAUUUUGGGAAAUGAAAGAUUUAAGAUGAAUGAAAUGGGUCAGAGGGACAUAGAGCUGACGAAAGAAAGUCUAACAUCUGCAGCAUUGCCAAGCUUAAUGCUUCUGAUAAUCUGUCACUAGAGCAAGAAUAGUUUGCAUGUCUAGUGAUUUAAUUUAGGAAAUUAGUGUUUUUUUAUUUCUUGUUUUUAGAAUUGGGAUGAAUCUCAUCUAGCUAAUAUUUCACCCCAAUAGGCAAUAUUUUGCAUAAAGAAAACUUAUGUUUAGGAGGCAGGCGUCUUCUUUAAGCAAAAUAUUACAUAAAUUUGAUUUCAGGUUGAAGCAUAACUAGAUUUCAUGAGAUUCACCCGGUAAUCAUGUUAGCUAUGGAAAAGGCCGGAUUGUCUUACAUAAGGUGUGAUAAAGUACCAUUUAAUUUCACCUCUAAAGGGCUGGAAGUUGCUGUAUUUACCACAUAUCAUGUGAUUAAUUUGCCAUAUGAAAUUGCAGACAGGCCUGGGCAGCAAAGCUGAUCUGAUCAUGCAUCAUUGUGUUGUUCUUUCGUCUAAAGGACGUAUUGGUUUACGCUGAUCAGGUCUCAAAAGAGCUUUUAGGGAAGAGCUUUGACUUUGAUAUACACUAUACGCUGUGUUGACACUGGAGAAAAAUGUUCAUUUUAAAUAUAUAUAAAGAUCUAAUUAGCGUGACUGUCUAAAAACAUGUCUGGCUCAUAUUUCACACCAACAUCAAAAGAAAAAUUAUAUUUAGCAUGAAGACAAAUAAGUUUUUGUAAGAUCAUUAAUUUUUGCAUUGUGCUUAGAAAAAAAACACUGUAAUACAUAUUUUUUUUUGUACAAUUUAACUCCACAUAAAGACAGUACAAAUACCACUAUGAUAUAUAAAUAUUACAGAAUAAAAAUAUGCCCAAUUAUUCACAGUGCAAAAAAAUUGGUUUAAUUUUCAGUAAACUGUUAUUUCUAAGUUCUUAGAUUUUUUUUGGUGGCGAAAUAUGACCCAGACGUGCUUUUAAAACGUUUCAACUGCUGAAUAUUUGCUGGUUAUAUACACACAGAGAUCUGGAGCACAUAAAUUAUUUUUGAACUACAGGAGCAGGAUAUUUUUAUCACGAAGGAGUGCGAGUGAGAGUUUGGAAGUGUGAGGCAUGAUCUUGAUUAUGUGCCUUGUGAUGAAUGACGUCUGAAACCCGUCCGUUCUCCGGACACGAGAGAGACCGGUGGAAUGUGCCGAGAGAACUGAUUCUUCUUAUGCAGAACAGCUUCCUCCUCCUCAUUUCCCAUGAUGCAACUGCUUCUGGACGAGGAAAUCUCGAGGCUUAUGCGAGACUCAGUACAGUACCUGGUGACUUCCUCCUCUGAAGUACAUGAGGAAUGGAUUUCUCUGUGUAUUUUCUAAGAAGCCUUUUCGGAUGGACUAAUGCAUGAGUUUGUCAUCCUCACAGAGAGGUGAAUAUAUCUAUCUCUGUGUUUGUGCUGCAGUGGAGGCGACCACUAAAUGUUCAGUACAACUCCAUGCUCUCGAUCAGCAGCCUUCGGAUGGGUGUUACCUUCUGCCUUUGCUUUGCGACCCAUGAAUAUAUGCUAACCUUGACUCGUGUGUGUAUACGUGUGUUUGUGAACAUACAUGUAUGCAAGAAUAUGUGUAUGCUCACGUUUAUAUAAACUAAAGAUACAAUAUAUUUGAAAGCAUAUGUUGGGAUGUUUUCUUUAAGUGUGUUUUCUUAUUUAUGAGGUGCAAGAAAUUGCUGCUAUUUGUGUUUCAAAUUAGGAGCAUCUGUCAAAUCUGUUGACGCUUGUUAUUUUCCUAUCAGGCAUAUGAAAGAGUUAGUUCUCCCAAAAAUGAAGAUUUGUUGAAAACAUACUCAUCCUCAGGCCAUCCAAGAUGCAGAUGAGUUUGUUUCUUCAUGGGAACAGAUUUGGAGUAAUUUAGCAUUACAUCACAUGCUAAAGUGAAAGGGUGCCAUCAGAAUGAGAGUCCAAACAGCUGAUAAAAACAUCACAAGAGUCCAGUGCACCAAUUAAUAUUUUAUGAAGCCAAAAGCUUCUUUAAAUGCAUCUUUAAAGCAUUUUAACUAUAAACCAUUGCUUCUUGCAAAAAAUAUCCAUAAUCCAUAAUAAUGCUUCCCCCACUGAAAAAGUCCAUCCCCAGUUGUUCAAAUUCCACCCACAUAUUUGUUUAGAACUGUUCUGAACUGGUUUCACUUGCCAGAUUUGUUUAUAUUUUUCUCCUAAUUCAGGCUAGAUGACUUUUUCAUUGGAGAAAGCAAAAUUAUGGACUCGUAUUAGCCAGAAUGAUGGAUUUGUUUCUUAUAAACACAGUUUUUCCGCUUCAGAUGUUAGCGAUGGACUGGAGUUUUGUGGAUUAUUGUGAUGUUUUUAUCAGCUGUAUAGACUCAUUCUGAUGGCACCCAUUCACUGCAGAGGAUGGUGAGCAAGUGAUGCAAUGCUUCAUUUCUCCAAAUCUGUUCUUAUGAACAAACAAACUCCAUCUUGUAUAGACUGAGGAUUAGGAAAUUUUCAGCAAAUUUUUGUUUUUGGGUGAACUAUUCCAUGAAGGCUUUUCUGUUUGUUUUCUUUGUCACAUUGCAGCCAAAUGUUGUAAAUAUGAAUAUUUCUGAAGACAAACUUGAGAGUGCUGAUGCAGUCAAAGUUACUGAAAAUGGUGAUCUGACUAGACUCCAAAGAGUUGCUUUGCUGUGAAAGUUGAUCUCACAGAGAGGAGAGGAUGUUCCUUAUCAUUUAAAACAUCAGUCUCAUGGCAUCUCUACAUAUAUAGAUAGACAGACAUAGCAAACUAAUGUACUUCUUCUGUUGCCAUGGUGUUUGUGUAAAUAUCUAGCAAAAUUGCAAAUUUGAAUGUUGACAAACUGAAAAUCUAAUCCAGCUUCUCUGCUUCAUAUAUUUUUCUUUCUAUGAGCAGUUGUGUGGUUUUGCACUUUGUGUUUUAUAUUGUAAUGACAUCAAAGUCAUUUUAUUAGUAGUAUUUUUGUAGCUGGUAUUGGUCUUUAUUUUUGGACAUUUUAUUUCUUUAAGAAGGACCAAAAUUAGACACAUGCUAUGUGUAAAUGUGGCUCUCACUCUCAGAUUUGUCCUCAUUGCCAGUUGAAUGAUAUUCUAAUAUAUAUAUAAUAUAUAUAAUUUAAUUUACAAAUGAAUACAAAAGGGUGCAUUUUGAGAUGAACUGGUGGUGUAUAUAUUCUCGCUGAAUCAAACAUGAAACCUUUUCUUGUGAGCCAUCUGUUUGGUCGUCUGUGGAAGAGGGAAAGAUGACCUGAAGAAUCUCUGAAAUCACUGGCCAUCUCUGUGUACUGUUCAUCCUCUGAUUUCUCUUUCUCUUGCAUAAAAGGCAGCAUGAUAUCGUGUUUACAAACUUGAAACAUCCAUCUACUUUAUAUUUUGGCUCGUUUUCUUUCGUCAUGCUAGUUAGCUAGUGAACAAAUCACAAGUAUUUACGCUCUAUUAUUGAUGAUUAUGAAGGCAGGAUUUUUUUUUCUGAUAGUAUACUCACAGCAUUGUUAUUUGAGUUUCCCUGAACAUCACUGGUGUACUCCAGAAAAAAAUACUUUCCUGAAAAGUGUCAGUUUUGGGGAAGAUUCUCCGUGGGGUUGCAGGUUUUCUCAUCACAGUCCACUCAUUGUACAGUUUUAUUAUUCAGACUUUCACAUGAAUGUUUGUCUUAAUCUGCUGCCACCCAACAGUUUAGGAAACAUGUUUAUAGGCAUAACUGUGCAAUGGAAAAUAAAUGUAACAGAAAGAUUU